AUGCAUCUAUCGCAUCAAGAUAAGCUGGCCCCAGGCGACCAGACAUCAGCCCGAGAAUUAGCUGAAGGCGGCCUAGCUGUCAGCAUCAUUGCCUUGGUGCCACAAACGAUAUACUUUGUCCUGAUAUGGCCUCAUGGCAAGCGCAGGACAUUGGCCCGCACGGAAGAACCUCAGCGAUACCAACCGCCGGUGCGUACGAUCAACAGACGUUCCAUCUCAGUCCAUCUGGCAUCACUUACGCCCGCCUCGCCAAAGUUCUUCGGGUCUAUCUUUGAACCCAAUUCGCCAUCAUAUUCAGCUUCUUCACUGACUCCACGAUCUUCGUUCCGGAACUCAGCGCAGCGAGCACUCAAGCCCAUGACAUCGAGGACCAGGCUGAUCUUACCCACUUCCCUGGCAUCGAGGGACUCGAGAGACUCCAACUCAGUACACCAGCAUGAUGCGGUUCCGGGAGCUACCCGAAGCAACGAUGAGUUCGGCAGCUGGGACACGUCCGCAGUGGACGAUAGCUGCGAGAGUCCGUUUGCGUCCAAGUCCAAAAUCACGAGGCUCGAGACCAUUCCAGGCAGCCGACCAGUAUCUCCGGCCAAUCCUUUAGACGGACCAUUCGAGGGCGAUGAUCCUCAAGAAGCACCACUACCAGACAGCCUCCCACAGUCGCCAGUCGCAGGCUCCGAGACCGCCUCUCUUCGUGCCUUUUCCAGGAACACGAUGCGGAGACCUAGCAAUAACGACCAGAGCCACAUCCAUCCUCUGUUCAGAACAGAAAGCCCUGUGCCACCUCCACUUACAUCACCCGGCACCGUCAUCAUCGCGUCAGCAUAUGCCGGUCAGGUCGUCAAUCCGGAGAUCGCGCCAAGACUCCUGUAUUCAUCACAUGGGAGCAGGUCGGCCAGUCCAAUCCCGAGCCUCCUGUCGCCGGCCAGGAGCAGAACGGGUAGUGUCAAGAGCUUUCGCACUAGACCGACCUCGCCGGUAGAUCCUCCGGAGCGGAGCUUCUCGCAGUUGGCUGAUGUGUGGCCGCCUAUACCGAUGACCCCGAGCCCGGCUGGAAGUAUGAAGAGCUGCCGCACUGGACCAACAUCGCCGGUAUCUUCGCCGAUUGAGACCACGGAGAGGAGCUUCUCGCAGCUUGCAAGGUCGCAUACGCCGCACCCAGAUGAUUGA